GAUCAUUUUUCGAGCGGUGACGGACAUGCUGGCCAAAUCCGUCGCGGCGCGCGUGGGCAAGGUGUCGCCCGCGUCGAGCCUUCUUCUCGUAUGCGACAUCCAAGAGAUCUUCCGCAACCGCAUCUAUGAGAUGCCCUCUGUCAUCCAUGCUUCCAACACCCUGGUGCAAGCGGCCAAGACGUUGCAUAUUCCGACAAUUGCCACGACUCAGUACGCUGCUCGCUUUGGGGAGACUGUGCCGGAGAUUCAGCUCGGUCCUGAUGCCAAGACCUUUGACAAGACGCUCUUCUCGAUGCUCACGGAUGACGUGCGUGGGGAAGUGGACGCUGUAAAGCCCAAGUCGGUCAUUCUGUGUGGGAUCGAAGCGCACGUGUGUGUGUUGCAGACGUGCUUGGACCUCGUCGAACAGGGCUACGACGUGCACGUGCCCGUGGAUGCUGUCAGCAGUAGCACUGCCUUGCUUCGGUCAACAGCGUUGACGCGCCUCCAGCAGUCUGGAGUGUACUUGACGAGCGUGGAAAGUAUUGUGUUUCAGCUCGUUGGGGACUCCAAGCACCCCGACUUCCGCGCGAUUUCGAGCCUCAUCAAGCAGCACAGCGCGUGUCCGACGGCAUUCCAUUGACCGCCCCCGUACUUUCAAGAUGCAUCCGUCACACUGUAGACUACCGAACCCGUUUGGUUAAUGCAUGCGUGCUCCAUCGGGCAUUGACCCGUUCAGCUUGAUGUCCGCUUUUGCAGUCGUG